AUGGAGCGUAGUCAUUUCAUUAUUGGGUUGGCCUUUGCUCUCUUCCUCACCAUUGCCAGCACACCUUCACACUGCAAAUACCACUCAAAACAGUCCCCGUAGACCAACUCAAAGAGAAAGUCACGCCUCCACUUCUACCUCUUCGACAUCCUCAGAGGCACCAAACCCAGCGAAGUGGAGAUCGCACGUCCAAAAGUCACCACUGACAAGUCAUCGACGCCUUUCGGCAGCCUCUACGCCUUCGAUGAUCCACUCCGAGUAGGCCCCGAGAUCAACUCAUCAAUCGUCGGAAAUGCCAAAGGGCUCUACUUGUCGGCCAGCCAAGACCCAGCUAAAUUCACCAUCGUGAUGUACGCUGAUUUCGGUUUUACUACCGGUAAGGUUAAAGGGAGCUCCUUUAGCGUGUUUUCGAGAAAUCCAGUAGCAGAGUCGCCGGAGCGGGAGGUGGCUGUGGUUGGUGGGAGAGGGAAGUUUCGGCUAGCUAAAGGGUUUGCAACGGUGCAGACUCACUACUUCAAUGCUACUAAUGGUGAUGCCAUUUUGGGGUACAAGGCAACUCUCAUUCACUACUGA